ACAACCAUUGAUCUUUGUGGAUACUGUUUUUGGCAUUUGAAUUGUUCAGCACAAAUUGUCGUUCAGUAGAUGGCUACUGAACAGCAAAUCAUUCCAUCAGAAAUCACCGUAUCUGAACUUCCAGCAAAGUUUCAAUAUAAAAAUAAUAUGAAGUAGAAUUUCGUUGAAUUUUCACUAUUAAAGCUUAGUUGGUCAACCGAUCUUCUCUGGUUGAUGAAACGACCCAAAAACCAGUCGUCCACAACAAGAAUUUCGUCUUCUGCCUCGAUUUCCUACAACAUGAAAGAUAAGCGGUUUCCUUUCAUUCUCGCAUCCUGCAAUAUUUUCUUUUCUUUCAUCGCAACAACAGCAACACUAACAACAGAUAUCUUAGCAGCAAAUAGCACCCUGAAAGAUGGACAGACCUUGGUCUCCCCCGGCCGAAUCUUUGAACUUGGGUUUUUCAGUCCAGGCAACUCCAGUCAUAGGUACCUAGGCAUAUGGUACAAGAACAUACCCCUCACCGUUGUCUGGGUUGCUAACAGGAAUAGCCCCAUCACUAGUACCGCGGGAUCACUGGUGUUUAGCCCUCAGGGUUCACUCUCUCUGCUUAAUGAUACAGUUUUUGUUUGGUCUGUUAAUGUCACCAGGGUCUUGAGCAACCCUAUCCUGCAGCUGCUAGACAAUGGCAACCUUGUGUUGACUGACAGCAGCGGUGCUUAUAUAUGGCAAAGUUUUGAUUACAUAACUGAUAAUUUAUUGCCUGGAAUGAAACUCGGAUGGAAUCUCAAGACAGGUUUGAACCGUUAUAUGACAUCGUGGAUUGACACAGAUGACCCAGCAGCCGGGCAAUUCACGGUCAGCCUGGAACAACCCGAGACUCCACAGUUCGUUGUCAGGGAGGGGACCCAGAAACAGAACAGGUGGGGUCCAUGGGAUGGGGUCAGGUUCAGUGGUGGCAAAAGGCUGAAGCCCAAUCCUGUUUAUUUACCAAUGUUUAAUUCAAGCCCUGAAGAGAUUUACUACUCGUUCGAAGUUAUAGAAAGUUCAGUUUUGUCAAGGUUUGUGGUGACACCGCUAGGUUUAAUUCAGCAUCUCACAUGGAACAACCAUAGCAAUGAGUGGGUAGUUAUAGUGUCUCCGCAACGAGAUGCUUGUGACAGAUACGAGUUGUGUGGAUCUUAUGGGAAUUGCUAUAGUAGUGAUCCUAAUUGUAGGUGUUUGAAAGGUUUUAAGCCCAAGUCACCAGAGGAUUGGCGGUUGAUAGAUUGGUCAGGAGGGUGUGUUAGGAAUCGGGAUUUAAAUUGCAGUAAUGCUGAUGGCUUUGUUAAGUACGAACGAAUGAAGUUGCCUGAUAAUGCACAUUUAGCAGCAAAUAGGAGUCUGAGCCUUGAGGAAUGUGAAGCAGAGUGUCAGAAGAAUUGUUCUUGCAUGGCUUACACCAGGAUAGAUAUUCAUGGAAAUGGGAGAGACUGCAUACUGUGGUUUGGUGAUUUGGUUGACUUGAGGAAAUAUCCUGAGGGAGAGGACCUCUAUAUUCGAAUGGCAAGGGCAGAAUUAGAAUCAAUUUCAGAUGCUAAGAGGAAAGAGAAAGUGAAGAUAGCUUUAGUCAUCACCAUGUUAUCAGUUUUUGGCAUGCUUCUUUUUGGAGUUGCAGGGUGGUGCAAUUUUCAAGUGAGGGGAAAGAUGAGAGCUAGAAAUGGAAACAAUAUGUUCUGGGAUGCUAAAGAACAAUAUCAGAAGGAAGACCUGGAACUACCACUUUUUGAUCUUAGUACUGUUUCGGCAGCCACUAGUAAAUUCUCUUUUGAGCAAAAGAUUGGGGAGGGUGGAUUUGGUCCAGUGUACAAGGGUGUUUUACCCACUGGAAAGGAAAUUGCAGUGAAGAGGCUCUCAAAGAAUUCUGGACAAGGCCUCCAAGAGUUCAAGAAUGAAGUUAUUCUGAUUUCUAAACUACAACACCGUAACCUUGUUAAGCUUUUGGGAUGUUGUAUUCAAGGAGAAGAAAGAAUGUUAAUCUAUGAGUAUUUGCCAAACAAAAGCUUGGACUGCUUCCUAUUUGAUAAAACAAGGAGAAACUUUUUAGGUUGGAAGAAGCGCUUUGAAAUUGUCAUGGGGAUUGCCAGAGGGCUUCUUUACCUACAUCAAGACUCUAGAUUAAGAAUUAUACACAGGGAUCUCAAAGCAAGCAACAUCUUAUUAGAUGACCAGAUGCACCCCAAAAUUUCAGAUUUUGGCAUAGCAAAAAUUUUUGGAGGAGAAAGGACACAAGAAAAGACCAGAAGAGUAAUUGGAACAUAUGGUUAUAUGUCUCCAGAAUAUGCAAUGAGCGGACGCUUUUCAGUGAAAUCGGAUGUAUUCAGCUACGGGGUUUUGGUGUUAGAGAUAGUAAGUGGCAAAAAAAACUGGGGAUUUCGUCACCCUGACCAUGAUCUAAGCCUUCUGGGACAUGCGUGGAAACUAUGGAAUGAAGGGAAUCCACUGGAACUAAUGGAUGAAUUCAUGGAGGACUCAUUUUCGGCGAAUGAGGUGGUGAGAUGCAUCCAAGUCGGUCUUCUAUGCGUGCAGCAACGAACAGAAGACAGGCCUAUGAUGUCCUCUGUGGUAAUGAUGUUGAGCAAUGAGAGUACACUGUUAUCCAAACCAAAAGAACCUGGCUUUUGUGCUGAGAUUUUAGGCACAGAUACAUCAAGUGGGAAAAAUUUGUGCACAGCCCAUGAAUUAACUGUCACUGCUUUAUCUGGAAGAUAGCCUGCUUCAGUAUUAAUGGAAUAUAUAAACAUUCAUUUUUGUCCCAAUCAUAUAUACUUGUACUCAUUAUCCAUUACGGUUUUCAAGGUUUACUGAAACUUACAAUUCUUGGUU